AUGAAUUUUUAUGGUCGAAUCUCUCUGAUUGUCGAUAUAGGGCCCAUCAAGGCAAAUCUUGGUCAAUAUAUGCCACUGGAUGAAGAAGGCUUUGCGAUCAGUGGAGAGCAAUUAGUAGCUUUGGAGAAGAUGGCCUACAUAACUCCCGUCCUCGCCGCCAUAGGUCUGGGCUGCGCUCGGUGGUCGGUCCUUCUCUUGUACAAUCGAAUCUUUGAGACGCGUAUCUUCCGGCGUGCCGUUUACAUAAUGUCGGCUCUGAAUCUAGGCUGGAUGAUAGCCUUUGUGUUUGCCUUCAUAUUCGAAUGCACACCUGUUGAUCAAGUCUGGAAGUCACAGCAUGGAAAACGAAAACAUUGCAUUGGCAUAGAUUCAAAUUACGCAUAUGCCGUCAGCUCGGUCAUUCUCGAUAUCCUGACUCUUUCUAUGCCGUGGCCAAUGAUAUGGCGCUUGCAUAUGGAAUUGAAGAAAAAGAUUGCCGUAACAGGUAUCUUUUUGCUUGGUGGAAUAGUCACUGCUGCAGGCAUUGGAAAAACAUAUGCAUUUUACACGGUUGGUGGAAAAAUUGCUAAAAGUCAUGACUUUACAUACGAAGAAGCACCUCUAUUCUACUGGACUGUUCCCGAAUGCUCGCUCGCGGUCGUUUGCGCUUGUCUCCCCGUCCUUACACCUAUUUAUUAUGGCUUUACCAAUUCUUCAUUUAUGGAAAGUGUGCGAAACCUUCUGACUUUGAGAACUUUGCGCUCGAGCACGACCAAUGCAAGCAGAAAUGUCCCAUUCACAUAUGUUUCUGGGCGGAUAAAUGACCAAAGUCAAGAAAAUUAUAGUGCGGUUAGAAUUAGUAAGACCGUGACCGAGCCGGGCUCGGUGAAAAGUGCAGGUACUGAAGUGGAGAUGCGAGAUUUGGAGGCGGGGAAUGUUAAUGAAGGACCGACUCAGAAGUUUUGA